GCGAGGCCUGAGGACACAGCCGCACGCGGCGCCCGCAGCACUCACCUCUGACACACCCGCAACCACCGCCUGCGGUCACAUCGGUGGUUCCUGACCACUGCGCAGCCAGUGGCACUGAAGCGGGCGCAGCAGAAACACGUGGUGAGGAGGUGGUGGGGGGCAGUCGUCCCCUGCGCAGCGAGCGGGGGGCGGCGGCGGCAGCGCAGCAGUGUAAACCAAUGUGGGUGUAGCGCAGUGUAAACAGUGUUAGCUAGGGGGGGUGGGGGUGUGUGGCCCUUACGGGUUGAGCGCAGGAUGCACUUAGGCGAGGAUAUGGGUGACUGCUGGUGGUCAGAACGCGCACUGACGGACCUGCUAGGGGAGCAUCCUGGGGAGUUAGUGCGCACUGGGAGUCCUAACUUCGUGUGCACUAUCCUCCCUCCACACUGGCGAUCGAACAAGACCUUACCCGUAGCCUUCAAGGUGAUCGCCCUUGGCGAGGUGGGCGACGGAACUCUCGUCACCGUACGCGCAGGCAACGACGAGAACUUCUGCGCCGAGCUGCGCAACAACUCGGCCGUCAUGAAGAACCAGAUCGCCAAAUUCAACGACCUGCGCUUCGUCGGGCGCUCCGGGAGAGGAAAGAGCUUCAACCUGACCAUCACCAUCAGCACUUCGCCGCCUCAGGUCACCACGUACUGCAAGGCCAUCAAGGUGACGGUCGACGGUCCUAGAGAACCCCGCUCCAAGGCCCAUGCAUCGUCUUCCAUGAGCCUGGGUACAAGCGAGGGUCACUGGUCCUCCUACAGCGGGUCACACUACUCUUCUUAUAUCCCAGGUCAUCUGACUGGAGGCAACCGUCCUCUACAGAGUGGGUUUUCCUCCCCACAAAAACCCGGGUUACAGAGUGACCUCACCACAAGGAACCCCCCCGACUCCACCUCCUUGCACCUCUCAUCAGGUGUUAUGGAGAACUCCCCCAGCUCCGGGGGUGACUACGAAGGUCUGGGGUCGCUGCCUGGGGCCGGACACUCCCCGCCUCGCCACGAGUACAUGCUGGCGCGUUACUCUUCGCCAGAUCCUCGCCACAAUACCCAGAGCGCAGACCCUCGCCAGGACCUUUCCUGCGCACCUUACACGCCCCCCGCUACCUCCUCCAACGCCGCCGCCGCCUCCUCCAGCGUGGGCGGCCUCCUGGCGGGGGCGUCAUCCUCCACGGGCGGCGGCGCAGGUGGCGGUGUGAUACCAGCGACAGGGACAGUAGGUGGCACUGGUACCUACCCUGGGUACCUAGGUUCCGGCUACUACACUGCCACCACCACGGCGCAAGGGUACCUAUCCCCUAGCGUAUCCCUGCUAUACCCACACUUGUACCCACAGCAGGGGCAGCUAUCCCUACUUGACCCCCGUCAAGCGCCCACGGACCAGUACACGGCCGCCAGUACCACCGGUCAGAGAGACUACAGUCGUAACGAUGGGUACCGUGACAUGUCUGGUACUGGGGCGACCACCCCAGUACCCCACCAAGGCAUGAUAAAUGCCCACAUGACGCCAGAUGAUACCCUCCACGCUGCCCACGUUCACGAUCGCUACAUGAGCAAUGGUACACGCGCCGGAGGUCCCUCCCCGAAUGAUCCAUCCGUGUGGAGGCCGUAUUAGUGAAUAAGAUGGUGGUAUUAGUGAGCAAGAUGGUGGAAUUAGUGAGCAAGAUGGUGGUAUUAGUGAGCAAGAUGGUGGAAUUAGUGAGCAAGAUGGUGGAAUUAGUGAGCAAGAUGGUGGAAUUAGUGAGCAAGAUGGUGGUAUUAGUGAGCAAGAUGGUGGAAUUAGUGAGCAAGAUGGUGGAAUUAGUGAGCAAGAUGUGGUAUUAGUGAGCAAGAUGGUGGAAUUAGUGAGCAAG